AUAAAAUCUGUUUAAGAAAAAAGUAGAGAAAGAAAAAAUUAAGAAUCAUGGGUUCCAAGGCAUUCAUUUUGGCUUGCAUAGCCUUAUUGGUGGCUACAAUGAUCACCUCCGAGGUGGUUGCUCGGGAGCUGACUCAGGAUGAAGUGACUAGAGAAGUUGAGGAAUCCAAGUAUAAUGGAGGCGGAUAUGGAGGGGGCCGUGGAGGGUACGGUGGCGGCUACGGAGGAGGACGUGGAGGAUACGGUGGUGGUUAUGGGGGUCGAGGUGGAUAUGGUGGUGGAUAUGGUGGCGGUUAUGGUAAUGGUGGUGGGUACGGUGGUGGUCGGGGAGGUGGAUAUGGCGGUGGAUACGGUGGUGGUCGUGGUGGUGGGUAUGGCGGCGGUUAUGGUAACGAGGGUGGAUAUGGCGGUGGACGUGGCGGCGGAUACGGUAACGGAGGCGGUAUUGGUGCCAACGUUGGUGAGGCCAAUGAGCCCUAAACUUAGCAGCAUGAUGAAUAUGUACUUCCAUCUAGCAGGCUCAUGGUAGCACUGUGCAAUAACUUUUGUAUUACUAUUUUAUGAUAUAUGAAAUGCUAUAAACCUGAAUAAGAACUAUCUUUCGGAUUAAGUUAUCUAUGAUUGAUUUCGAAAAUUUUUAAAGUAUUAUUCCAAAAAAACAAACCUCGACCCCCCAAAAAGAGGGAAAAAAUUAAGAUGUAAUUAAUGAUGUAAUUAAGAGGACAAGCGCGU